GUUCCUGCGUUUGACGUUGAAAUUAACGGUGGAGCUCAGUUUCGAAGAUUGAUGUACGAAGUAGAGGUUUUUCUGAGAUUUUCGGAAAUCGGCGUGGAAACUAAAAAGAAGGAUGUCAUUCAAGCCCGAGGUGUGUCCAUGGGCUCUGUUACUUGGCGAGAUGUGGUGGUGAAGUUGCUGUGCACGGAGGCGUUGAUUCCGAUGAAAGCUCGAAUACAAUACGCGGGUGAGAUUGUCAAUUAG